CAGUUGAUAGCUUUUACCUGGUGACAGUUUUGAAUUCUAUUAACAAGCACAAUGAAUGCAUUGAUUAGUAAAGUAAUUAUCUGCCACUAGUAUCGCAGAUCACAGAAUCACAUAAAUUAUCACAGAAGUAUUAUUUCAUCAGAUGGAUGCUGGAGCUGCCUCGCAUACCUUAGCAGAGAAUUAAGGGUCAUAUUGCUUCAUUUUUGAAAACAUGUUUUUCCAAAAGCCAAGCAAAAAAUCUCAUUGCCUUUCAAACAGACAGACUAAAGAUGUGUGCACUCUAGCACGUUAGACUUCAAACAGUUAUUUAAAGCAAAAGUACCUCACCUGCUCAUCCUAAGGACAAGCUAUGGGUGUUCUCAUGCUAGGGGAGGAGCCAUGUGAGCAAGCAAUGAGAAGUGACAGGGGCUAAAAAAAUCCCUGCUGGCCCAGGCUGCUGACAGGGACCUCCCUGCUCCCAGGCUCCCCAGGCACGGCCUUUCCCUCUCAAUGUGGUGGUGUAAUGGCACAUGAGAUGGAGGAGACAUUCAAUGGCAGGAGAAGCCUGUACCCCCAGACAAGGAGGAAAUAAGGAUCAGAUAAGGAUCAUCACUUGCUUCUCCUCCCACCACCACUUUCUGAAGCUGGUGGCUGCAUCCCGUGCUGGGGGUGAGGGGAAGGACAUACUGCAGAGGGGGUGUCUUCACUCUCCAGCCUAUCUUCACCUGUCUGGGAGCUUUUGGCAUGCAGACUUUGCUACAGGGAUGUUGAAAAUGAGCACCAAUUCAUUCACUUUCUGCAAACCACUGUGUUUCCAGGUCUCCUGGAGCAGCUGAGGAGAGCCAUCGCCAUGAUUCCUACACUGCUCUUGCUGGGCCUUACGGCCCUUGUUGCUCCAUCCAUGAGUUACAGUUGCUAUGGCGAUAUAAGUGCUCUUCAAGCCCCACUGGUCCCCUGUACAGCUGUAAGAGCCUCGGAUUGUGGACUUGCCCUGGUACGGAGCUCUGCCGAGGCAGACAUCAUACGCCUGAGGAAAUACGAGAUCCCAAUUAAGAGAGUAGCCAGAAACCUGUGCUUGGAGCCAGCGCUCAUCGCUGGCAUCAUCUCGCAGGAAAGCCGCGUCGGUCUGCUCCUGGACAACGGCUGGGACCAGGAACGGCACAAGUACGGCUUGAUGCAGCUUGGUGUGCAUCAACAGCCUUUUGGACUGUGGGAUAGUGAAGAACACAUAAAUCAGUGCUCAACUAUCCUGGUUCUUUCAAUUAAUGAAGUAAGGGCAAGACAUCCUACCUGGACCUGGGACCAGCAGCUGAGAGGGGGAAUCUGCACCUACCGUGCAAAAAUGGGCAACUUCCAGGUCUACGAGGAUGACCCCUGUGACAGAGACAGCUACUACGUCAACAGUGUGAUUCGACGAGCCCAGUACUUUAAGAGACAUGGGUUCUAGCUCAUAAACCCACACCACCACCGAGCCUCUCCUCCACAUAGACUAGCCCAGUAGUGAUCGUAGUACCCAGAGCAGCUCCUCAGGUCCCCUGGCAGGACCAAUGCUGGUGGCAACGGCUCAGCACUGCCUCCUAGGGGACCUGCUGGGACAAGACACCACAAGCUCGGGUCUUUGAAAGCAGAUAGGGACAGCCCAGCAAUGUUUAGGUGUCAGGUGAGGAAGGUGCCUCUUCCCAUUUGAAGCUGAACCCAGAGCUGUUUGUGCAUCCCCCAACCAUGGGCACACAAGCACCUCUCUCUGUGCAUUGUCUGUGUUCUGCCCAUCUCCUUUAUCCGCCUCCUUCCCUCUCCCUGGCCAAUGUGGGGAUGAAGCCCCUGAGUUAAACUCAUCCUUCCCCUUGAUUGUGCUGGCUGCAGGGCAAUGAAGAGACUUCUCGCCAAGCCUUUGGUCUCUGCACUAGCUGUCCAUGCCUGUGGCCAGCCUUGUGCAGAACAACGCUAAACAUGCUUCUGUUUGUCACUCGAGCCCUGGAGCCCACAGGCAUGGUGGGGCUGGGGACUCCUUCACGGUGAAAAGCAGCCUCAUGCGGGAAAGGCUGUAUGGGAAGUACUCCAAGAGCCGUAGCACGCACACAAAACAGCUUUCCAUUAGUCAGCAGCCCUGUGAGUGGGAGCCAGACCUGUACGUACCCAAGCCCAGGGGCUGUAUCAAAACAAGAGUGUUGGUAAAAAAAACCCACAACCUUUCCUGCUUUAGCUUUUGCAUCUUUAUGCUGGGUUUCCUUCAAGUUUAAAAGUGUUUCAGUACCUGUCCCUCUGUCAGGAAUCCAAACUUCUAAUUUGAAGUGAAUUAUCUCUGGGUUUGUAAGUUCUCUUUGAAAGUGUUCUUCAGUGUGGAUGGGUCUGGGUGGAAAUUAAGGUUUACUGAGAAUAAUACUGAGAAUAAGAGAGAAAAUAAAGAUAAAUGUUGAAUCCAAAUACUUUCUUUUCCCAUGGGGCCCAGUGCUCAGCAACCUGCAACUUGAAUAAUAACCCAAUUCAUUACUCUUAAAAUGGGUCUAAAACUCAAUCUGAGAACAGGAAGAGGGAAAUGGUGCUGCAGCCACUCAGGGGUGGAUGAGAAGAGCUGGACUGGCGACCAGGGUGGGAGGCAGGACAAUCCUGGCCACUGCCUCCAAACCUGUGAACAGGGAAUAAGGAUGUUCAUGUUUAGCCUUUUGAAUAAGGAUUUUGGAAGUGCUGAGACACUUUUCUGCUGGCUGUCACCAUUGUUGAUACAGAAGUGACAUGUCUUGUGGACCCCUGUGUUGAGUACUUCAAAGAACUUUCAGGGUAAUGAAGCAACAUUACUGGGAGCGACCAACAUGUAAAAAUAGCUGCAUGUUAUGCUGCUGUAGAGAGGGGAAAUGCAAUUGGUGUUCUUUAAGGACUCUUACAGGCUAACAUUGCUGUGUCAGAGUCAGUAAUCAGCAAAUCAAAAAGACAGCAAAUUCCAGUCAGGGGAGAAAAAUCUUCUCUGGGUCCUGUGCUUUGGUUUUACAACCAAUGUUAGUACUGGGAAAUGUGUUUAAAUGUGUUUCCUACAAUAACCAGCAAAUGUGAGGUGGGAAGCUUUCUCUGUCAUCAACCUCAUAAGCUGCAGGUGGUAUGGGCCAGUCCCUCCACAGCUCAGGCAGGGAUCUGUCUGAAGUCUGGAGCUUCAAUGACUGACUGUCAUAGACACCAGGCAGAGAGAGCAAGUAAAAAACCUGUUACAGCAGUAACUGAAGCAGUAGGAAACCACUGCCAAGAACAAGUCCCCAUGGGCCAGAGCUGUAACUACAUGGCUGAGCAGAUUGAUCUGAUGACUGACUCUGAACACUGGAGUUAGAUCAGUUUGAGCCUCACAUCCAUGUCUCUCCAAAAGAUGAAGAAAACAAAGGGCAAUGCCACCAUAAUAAUGCAGUGCUGAAUAAUUGAGCUUGUUCUGCUUUGUUACUCAUUGAAAAAGUGGGCUGCGAUUUCCUAGCCAGCAACCUGUUCCCAGGACAGAGUUUCUCUGUGGUUGCCUUAAGCACGCUCAGGACCGCACCCCAAAAUGCUAGGCUCAUCCUAGGAGGGGGCAAGAGUUUUUCUUCUUGAGUUGUGGCAUCUUCUAUUGUGGACUUCUACCAUGGUAUUUUUGAACAUCAUCCAGGAUGCUUGGCAGGCUCCUUUGGUUUGGGUCUGCUACUUUUUGCUGGAGACUGUUGAAUCUAAUGCUUGUCUCACUUUAUUUAAUUGAUUUCCUUGAAACUAAAUGCUCCCAUGCUGGAUGCACAUGGCCUGUUUUUUCCUAUUUCAGUGUAAAAAGUGGUCCUAGAAUCACAGAACCACAGUAUGGUUUGGGUUGGAAGGGACCUUAAAGAUCAUCUAUGGUCAAUGGCAGAACUGCACUCUGACAGGCUUUCUGUAGCCUUUCUAAAAGACGAAGAAAAAGUAAGAUGAGCUGGAUUUGAAUUGGAGGUUGCUGAAUACCUCAACUAACAGUGAGUACAAGACAAAUCCAGGACAUAAACCAUGAUUUGGGGCAGUUUUGAGGCUGCCCAAAACCUCAAAACUGCCUGUACCCCUGACAUAGCAGGAGAGACUGCAAUGCUGCGUGGCUUGCAUACUGCCUCCUCCAUGGCAAGCGACUGAUGGGACAAGUAAGAGAUGCUGCAAAGAGCACUGACAAAAGUCACAGCAUGUUCUCUGUCUCUGGAGACCCAAGCCUACAGCAGCUCUGGAGCUUUUGCUGAAGCCUGCGAGCUGCAGCCUGCUUGAUGCCGCACGGGUUGUCCUACUAUGUGGACGUGCCAUUCUCCCCUAGUACUCUGAAUACCGGUUUGUUGAGGAAAACAAUUCCCUGGGCAUGUAGACUCCAUGCAUGCAUAUAUGGUUAAACAAGAAUUUCUGGGUAGGAUCCAGAACAGAACAGAUCUACCUGCCUGUGUCAAUUAAUGUGAUGUAGAAGAAGCAAACUAGUACCUCCUUUCCGAUUCUCCCCAGCAAUAAGGGAAUGGUAGCACAGGCCACUUGGAGAUUACUGGUUUGUGAAUCAUCUUCAGUGGCAUUUUGAAUUUUCUUUUUCUUUUUUUUUUUAAUGUCAUUUCUGUAUAAGCCAUCCCUGUUCUAUUUUCCUUCCUGCCAGACGUACUUCCCCCUGUUUCAACAUUCUUUAAAGUCACGUGUAAUCAUGGACAUCCAUGCAUGGGCUGAUGUGACUUUUUGCAGCUGGCUCUCGAUGGGAGGUUUUAACUGUGCAGGCAAAACUUACAGAAUUGAAUCUUUCAACACAAUGGCACAGGAUUCCCCAGCUUGGAAUGUGAAAGAGCUGAUGUAAGAGUGACGCAGCAUUUCACCCUCACAGGAUUUACCAUGGGGAAGAAGCAUGUAAGGAUAGAUUAGCACUGACAUGGAGGUUUGCCAUCCAGUGGCUACUUUCCUUACUGCUGAAGAGCUACAGUAGCUUUGACCCACGUUGCUUGGUAAUUUGGAUUUGUGCCUACACUUUUGUCAUUGCUGUACAAGCAGGGAUAACAAUAGGGACCUGGCAUAGUCUCUGCAUAUCCAAAUUCUCAGCACUGCCAUUUUAUUGUUGCUGGGUCUUCACCUGCAAAAACUUUAUUACAGCCAAAAGUGCAGGUCCCCACUUUCCCAUUGUCAGCAUGUUGUUGCUUCCAACAGCUGAAAGCGGGCAGUUGUUUUCAGGCAAGGCUCACCCUAGGUCCACACUGAUAACAACAAGGUUUCAAAUUAAAUUAAAAGGUAUUCAAUUUUUAAAAUUGUAAUUGUGUUUGUGCUGUAUAGCAGAAACCCUGUUGUGCUUGGGAGAAUGCACAGCACGUUGUCAGGCAUUCCUGUUUCCCAUAAUACCUGUGGCAUGUGGGAAAUGCACUGGGCCAGCUGCUCCAAAAUGCUGCCAGCAGAGAAAAAGCCCAUUUGUUUCCCGGAAGUGCAGUGAGAUGGGUGAAAUCAUCCUGCAGCAAAUAUGUCAAGCCUGUGAUGUUUGCCUAACAUUCUUGUAAAUGAUUCACUAUACCAAAGUCUGUUUUCCAUUAGCUGCUGGGAUCAGGUUAGCAUUGUUCCUCUCAGAUGCUGUUUGCUUGUUUGCCUUCUGCGUCAGUGUGCUUAGACAACAGAAAAAUGCAGAUAAAUGGCAAGUCAAACAAAUUGCAAGUCAGAUGAACUGUAAUGGAUGUAAUUGAAGGAUGUUUCUCUUUUGAUUUUUCUUGUUGAUGGUAGCUAUGGACAAGCAAGUUGGAGCCAGGAAGUAGUGUAUAUUUCUUCUGACUCUCUCAGAUACUGUUUUCUUCUGGUAACAGAAACCCCAGCUUUUGGAGGUACCUUUCUCCAUUGGCUACGCAGGCAGUGACAGAGAAGAUUGCAGAAAAGGAUCUGGAAGACAUGGAAGAACACCAAGUCAAGAUUACAAAAUUUGGCAACAGCCAGCGUGUUGAUCCAGCUGUGACUGGUUGCUGGUAUUAUCUUUCAAGAGUCACCCACUGGGAAAGUGCUUAAGGAUGCCUGGGAUGACCACAGAAAUGCAUCUGGUUUAAUGCAAGUAUGAUCAACCUUCCUAUAAACACAAAAUGCAUCCUUCUUCUGCAGCAGAAGGACAGAAGAGCAGCAGUGGCCUCGCUGAAAGGCAGUCCCUGAACAUUUCAGCCAACCCUUUGGCCAGAACAAAGCUGUCUCCGCUGUCAGCUCCCUGCACUGGGGAAGGACCCUGGUGAGUGUCAGGACAUAAGCAAGCUGCUUUUGCUCUGUGAAACAGCUGCUUGCUUCCCAUUGCUCUCUUGGGAAUGAAGAGAUUAAUUGCUUCUAUUUUAUACUUUA